UGUAGCGGUCGUCCCCCGUGUUCUGCGCCGUCCUCUGUCAUAUUCUAUGGAAAUGAGGCUAAGAUGUGCCUGACAGAGUGCCAGGUAAAGCGUCGUGAGUGCCAAGGAAGUGCUUGUGUGGCCGGCUAGACUCCUGCAGGAGGCCGUCUUCUGCAGACACAACAAAGACGAUCUUUCUUUUUUUUCUUAUCACUCGUCGCCGGCACCUGGACGUCUCAUGCCUCUCAUUAACCAUCUUUCGGGAUUUCUGCGCCGAUGACACCGUGAUCAGACGCUUCAGUAAGAAUGCGGAACCGGCGGAGGUUGUCCAGUAGCGCAGAUGGUGUGGUCGUGAUGUGGUGGAUCAUGUCGAGCCUCCUGGCGGGCCUGCUGCAGGGCGGGUGUGGUGGUGUGGCGGGCCAGCCACACCACACCUCUCUGCCACACUUCGACUUCCACCACCGAGCUGUGAUGGACCAACGCGGCGCCUACCACCUCUUCUGGACGGCCCAGCAGGACAAGAUUGUUAUUGAAGUACAGGUAGCGACGCACGGGUACGUGGGGCUGGGGUUCUCUCCCACUGGUGGCAUGAAGGGUUCCGAUGUCGUCAUCGCCUGGGUCGACGACCACGGCCAACUACACUUCCAGGAUCGGUACGCCUUCGCCCUCCUGACGCCGUCCGUCGACGACUCCCAGGACUACAGGGUCGUCGGAGGCUACGAAAACGACACACACACAGUGGUCCGCUUCACCCGGCCCUGGGUCACUUGUGACCCUCACCACGACUUCCAGCUGACCGGGGAUACGGUGCGGGUGGUGUGGGCGUACGACGGCCGCGACCCGACGAGCAGCGAACGCGACCCAGCGAGCAGCGAACGCUUGGCCAAGCACGACCACCGGGGGACCCGCAGCCUAUACCUGCGGGAUCCCCACCUGGCCGCCCCACUCCCACACAUCGCUCAUCUUCACUACUGGGACGUCCGCUCCCCGCAGGUUAAAUUGCCAGAUGGUCUUCACACUUUGUACUGGUGCAAGCUCUACAAGAUCCCUCAUCUCACUCGCAAGAUGCAUGUUACAGGCUAUGUCCCACUGAUAGAAGAGGAGAACCUACAACACGUGCACCAUAUGCUGCUGUACGAAUGCUAUCUUCCCAACUCUGAUAAACACUUGGAAAAGUUUGUGCAAGCUAAGGGAGCUCAAUGUUAUGAUCGAAACAUGCCGCUCUCGUGGUCAGCCUGCAACACUCCAAUUAUUGCUUGGGCUAUUGGAUCAGAGGGGGAAAUGUACCCAGAACAUGUGGGUGUUCCCUUGGGAGAGGAACACGGAGGUGCUACAUACUUCAUGCUAGAAAUCCACUAUGAUAACCCUAACCUUAGGACAGGUAUUGUGGACAGUUCUGGGGUGCGCAUUAUGUAUACUCAGAAAUUACGUCAGUAUGAUGCUGGAAUCUUAACCCUGGGACAUACAGUAUCACCAACACACAUUAUUCCACCUGGGCAGAGUUGGAACACUGUUGCCCACUGUACUGCAGCAUGUACAGAAAGGACAUUACCACAUUCUGGAAUAAAAGUAUUCCAAGGAUUUCUUCAUGCACAUCUUCUUGGUUCAUCCAUCUCGAUACAGCAAAUACGAAGUGGACGUGAGCUGCCGACUGUCAUUAAGGAUAUGAAUUAUGACUUCAACUACCAGCAAGCUCGAGUUUUAAAAAAGGAGAUGGAAAUACUGCCAGGAGAUUCCUUGAUUAUAAAAUGUGGAUAUGAUUCCACCAAGAGGAAAUUACCAACAUUUGGUGGCUUUAGUACGGAAGAGGAGAUGUGCUUAGCAUUCUUGACAUAUUAUCCCAGGGUGAACCUCUCUGGUUGCUACUCUAGACCUGACAUGGCGCUUGUGUUCGACACCUUCGGUAUCCACGACUUGGUUAACAAUGAUCUGAAGAUGUUUGAUCAUAAUGGCUUCAGUGAGAAUUAUAUUAACGAAGAAGAAGAAGACGAGAGGCUGUCCGAUAUGCAGACUGAAAAUACAAAUGAUCCACAAAAUAUUCAUUUGGCUGAUAUAUAUCGCUACGUUAUUGCUAAAGCUCCUGAAAAAUUCUUCAACAGAUCAUUCUAUGAUAUCCUUUAUGACAAAACAACAUGGCAGAACAAGCAGUUAAUAUCUACGUUGCAGGAAAUGACCAUGUACGGACAACAUGAACCCUCCUGUGAAGGCCAUGGCCGAGAGCUCGUUCAAGGGCUGCCAAGAAAAACCAAGUAUCCUGAUUUUAUACCACUCCAACACAAGCAAAAGGAGUGUACUAGUAGCCACAAGGACAUUGAGGUGCUCCAUCCAGCAGUCAAGCCUACUGUCUCGCCAACCACUAUCAAACCAAGGAAGGCAGAAAAGGAACAAGAUGAGACAUCAGCAACACCAGCUGCAAGUGUACCAUGGCUUCCACAAGAAGAGAAUGAGAUUAAAAGGGAGUCUCUUCCCCAGCGUGAUGGAAGUGGGGUUGAUCAAACAACAGUGUCUAUAUAUUAUGUUACUGCUUUAUGUCUUUUAUCUCUAGUGUUUUGAGUGUUAUUUAUGGUGCCAA